CCGACGUCAGUCGUCAGACAGCCCGCCCGCCCACCGCCUCAAGUCCUCCGUCCGUUGUCCCGCCGCCGCCCUGAGGUGUUCACCCGCCCGCAGACAGGCCCGCAGGGCCAGUGAUGAGGUCCGAGCUGCCCGAGCUCCCCUCGCCCGCCGCAAGCAGCGCGCACGACACGUCGCACCCAUCGUGCAGGGCAUGGGGAUAUACAGGAGGCCGGCGGCCAAGGCGCCGCGGAGAGUGGCAGCGGCCCGCCGUUCCCCCAUUGUUCCAGCGGAGGAGGAGGCGGAGGAUGCGGCGCCGUCGUCCAUGGCAACGCCACACCCACAGCAGGAACCGGCACCAAAGGAAGCAAAGUACACCGAUAAGCAUUUGCCAUCGACGACGAUGGGGAAUUUCAUGAAAAUGCCAGAAGCACGAACUGAUGAAGAUCUGCAGUUUAUUCAUGAAACAAGGUACACCACUAAGCGUUUGCCAUCGUUGGAGUUGGGGAAUUUCGUUACACUGCCAGAAGCACGAACUGUUGAAGAUCUGCAAUUUAUUCAUGGAACAAAGUACACCGAUAAGCGUUUGCCAUCGAUGACGAUAGGGAAUUUCGUUACAAUGCCAGAAGCACAAGAUGUUGCCGAUCUGCAGUUUAUUCAUGAUGCAAAGUACACCGAUAAGCAUUUGCCAUCGACGACGAUGGGGAAUUUCAUGAAAAUGCCAGUAGCACAAGAUGUUGAAGAUCUGCAGUUUAUUCAUGAAGGAAGGUACACCGAUAAGCGUUUGCCAUCGAUGGAGUUGGGGAAUUUCGUUACACUGCCAGAAGCACGAACUGAUGAAGAUCUGCAAUUUAUUCAUGAAGGAAGGUACACCGAUAAGCGUUUGCCAUCGAUGGAGUUGGGGAAUUUCGUUACACUGCCAGAAGCACGAGCUGAUGAAGAUCUGCAGUUUGUUUAUGACGUAAAGUACACAGAUAUGCGUUUGCCAUUGAAGAUGGGGAAUUUCUUUCACAAAAUUCCAGAAGCACAAAAUGAAGCCGCUAGGCAGUUGAUUCGUAAUCAGAUUUCAAAGAACUGUGUGGUUUUAUUUUCCAAGACCUACUGUCCUUACUGUAAGAAGAUGAAGGCCUUUUUCGAAGAACUAGGAAUUAGAUACAAGGCAAUUGAGUUGGAUUUACGCGAUGAUAUGGAAAUAAUCCAAAACGCCCUCCUGGAGUUGACUGGAGCUAGGACAGUCCCACGAGUAUUUGUGAACGGGAAGAGCAUCGGCGGUGCCACAGACACGUUUACACUCCAUUCCGAAGGUAAACUGCUGCCUUUAGUGGAGAGAUGCGCUCCACCUUGUAACUUAAAUAAAGAUCGUCACCAUCACCAUCAUAAACGCUGAAUACCAGCCUACUUAUAUCUGUGUGUUACUUUGGAAAUAAAUUGUGAAGUUUCA